UGUCUUCAUCCUAUUUUGUUACACAGAGAGGGAAAACACAACUCGGUUUUCUUCUUCAAGAGGGCAAACAAAUGGGGAGAGGAAAGGUGGUCCUGGAGAGGAUUGAAAACAAGAUCAGUCGUCAAGUAACUUUCUCCAAAAGAAGAAAUGGUUUGCUCAAAAAAGCUUAUGAACUCUCUCUUCUUUGUGAUGCUGAGGUUGCUCUUAUCAUCUUCUCUAGCCGAGGCAAACUUUUUGAGUUUUGUAGCAGCACUGACAUUAACAAGACCCUCCAGCGGUACCAGCAAUGUUGCUACAGCACAGAAGGCACCAAUAAUCCUGAGGAAGGGUCACAGACCUUAUACCAAGAGGUCUCAAGGUUAAGGGCAAGAUGUGAGAGUCUUCAGCGCUCUCAAAGGAAUUUUCUUGGAGAAGAACUUGAACCACUUACGGUGAAAGAGUUGAAGAAGAUUGAGAAACAGCUGGACAAAACUCUUUCAGAAGCUAGGCAAAGGAAGACGCAACUGAUGUUUGAUAGGGUGGAAGAGUUACGCAAAAGGGAACAAGAUCUUAAAGAGAAAAACCAACAGCUCUGGAUUAAGCUGGAGGAAGUUCAGCGUCUUCCAGCUAUUCAUGGUGUAGGAGAUCCUAGCAAGGGAGAUGGAAAUAGGCAGAUUAUGAUGCACCCUUCCAAAUUCAACCACGUUGAACCUCAACCCAGUUUGCAAAUGGAUCAGCACCAACAAUUUGUUUCCGAGGAACAAGGCUUUGAUUCCAGGAUUAGUAUUGGAGGCAAGAAUAAGUACCCUACUCCAAAAUGGUUCCCAUGAAGUAUAAAUUCUUCAACACGUACAAGUGUGUCUGAUGAAAUAUUGGGUUCCAAGAUGUGUUCCAAAAUUGUUGAUGUGUGAUGAACAUGAAUCUGUUGUGCCCAAGGAAUGACAUUUGAGUAAAAAUUACCAUCAAGACACUGCUAAUAUGCUUAUUAAUUUCUAGAGAUAGUGGUUUUGAGAUACUUG